CUUAAAAAAAUUGUUCAAUACUGGGGUCCAAAGUCACUGCUGUCUGCCAAUUACCCACUCUCUGCUUGGCAUUGACCCCCUCUUCCCGAAACUUCAACUUGAUUACUCUGUCUAGAUUUAUUAGUGCACAUCCUUCAAGAAACGUAACCCCGGAACAACUGGAAAAGAAGAUCAUGAUUCCAAUACUCAAUUUUCAACAAAGCAUGGAGAAUCUUCUUUUCAUGUCAGCAUCAACCUUGGAGAAGUCUGAUGAUAUUAUUGGCUUAUCUAGUUUAAAGUCUACAGAGAAGAGUCCAGAUCAACAUUCUGCCCAUAGUGAAUCACCAAUAGAAGAAAAGGAUGGGUUAGUUCUUCAGAAAGAGGUUUUAGAAGCAUUGUUUCAUGUUCCUGAAAGAUCUGAGGAAGCACCUAAAAGAAGUCACCCGGUGAGGGAAGUGAAGAGAUACAAGGCAUUUAGAAAAUUUGCGGUUGAUCCUUUUAGAGACACUCUUGUAGAAUGUAAAACUGCUACUCUGGCACCAGAAGUGGUAACCAGUGCAGAAGAUGGAGAUGGUGACAAUAGCUAUCAGGUCCUACGUAGAUCUGUAAAAGAACAUUGGAUUACAAUGAAGGAAUACUAUAAAGCUGCUUUUGAUGCAUUUUGUGAGGGUGAUCGUGUACGUACAGACAAACUUCUAGAGGAGGGACACUUCUAUAGCAGAAAGGCACAGGAAGCAGAUGAGAAAUACGCUCAAAAGCUUCUUGAAGCUCAGAGUAGAGAAGAUGUGGUGUCUCUUGACUUGCAUCACCAUGAACCGAAGGAAGCUGUACGUCUUCUAACGCUUCAACUAACCUAUUUCUCUGGCAUCCCAGAUUUUAAGUACCUUAAGGUCAUACUGGGAACGAAUGACACCACGGGAGCUGCCCGGAGACGACUGAUUAUAAAGCAACUGGAGAAGGAAUCAAUCAAGUGGACAGAGGAGAAUGGUCGAACAAUAUGGAUCCGACUGGAUGUAAUUGACCCAAAACGCUUGAGCUUCUCAAGAAAAAUGAGUGAAAGAAACAAGAGCUCACCUUAAGAAGAGAUGAACUUAAAAGAAGCCCAUGGCAGAUGCUGCUUUUGUUGUUGUCCAUAUGGGCUUUGAGAUGAACUUUUCUUUUGCGGGAAGUUGAUAAAAGAUUCUAGAAAGGUGAAAUUAAAGCAAGACUUGACCUAGGUAUUGAAAUUGAAAAAAAGGUCCUCUCUUUGUUGAGCUUUAAACUGCUCAUUAAACAUUUGUACAUGCUUGAGUUACUUUUGAUAUUCGACCAAAAAAAGGAGUUACUUUUGAGAGGUUUUAUG